AUGCAGUCCGCCUACAAUUUGAACCUUUGGGAGUUCAGCUUCACACUCCGGGGUGGCACGGGUCCCUGCCAUAUGCUGGACCACAUUUGGUACGACACAGCGCGGGUCCACUGCCAGGCAGUGCGUGAUGUCUUCCGCUCUGAUGAACACAAGCAGGCCUGGCCUAUUGUCCUGCCGAGCUUGUUUGCCAUGCCAGCCCUCGACAACGUUUGGAGGUUCUUUUUUCUUUCCUGUACUGUAGAAGCUUAG